AUGGCAAGGACAAGCUCUAAUUCUUUUUAUUCGACUCGUGAUUUAAAUAAGACAAUUGCACCUCUAUGUCGUUGUUCAAAGCAGAUGGUGUGUACGCUUUCGUGGACUGACAAAAAUCCCGGAAGAAGGUUUCGCCGUUGCGAAGUACAUGGAUUUGUGUGUUGGGAGGAUACAGAGGAGAAAAUAGAAUGGCAGAAAGCAAGCUUGUUGGAAGAAAGCGAUCAGAUCCGGCGUUAUAAGAAAGAGAAUGAAACACUGAAGAAAACCAUAAUAGAAGCUAUAGACGAGCUUCCUUCACUUCGUGUGUCAGAUACUUCUUCCCCCCUUAUCCACAUCACCGAGGUACAACAACUAUUCUGGCAUGAUUAUAUCGACAAAGAAAGGGUUCUCCGGCAAAUGUUUGCUCUCUCCUGGGUUAGUUUUAUUAUUGUCUCCGCUACCAUAAUUCUUUUGCUUAAAAAUUGA